CUGAUAUUUUUCUGAACCAAAUGACAAGGAGGUAAAAGUCCAUGCACGGACGCGGAAAGCUCAUCAUGUCCUUUCGUUGACUAAAGGCUCUCGAGUCUUGACUGAAGAGAAGCUCCAUCUUCCAUUUUAGAUAAGGUCUCCUCAGUACCCACAACACAUAUCACUCAGAGAAGCGCCACCCAUCCAAUGGCUAUUGCUUCUUUCAGACACAUUUCCAUUCUCUGUCUCUUCCUCAUUCUCGUUUCCAGAUGCACCAGCCAAUCAGAUUACCCAGAAGAUUACUGCUUCACUUCCUAUGGAACCUACGCCCCAAACAGCACCUACCAGUUCAACCUCAAUAUCCUCCUAUCAAAACUAACUUCAAACCCUAACGUCAACUAUGGCUUCUACAAUCUCUCUUACGGCCAAUCCCCUGACACAGUCUACGGAAUUGGACUCUGCCGAGGAGAUGUUACUCCCAGCACUUGCCGUGCAUGCCUCAGAAAUUCCACAACCAUCACACAAUCGUGUGAUAAAUACACCACCGCAAUUGCAAUCCAUGAUGAAUGCCUAUUGUUCUACUCAGAUUACGUGAUAUUCGGUGUCGUCCCCACUCUUGAUUUCACUAUCUACAAUAGGAGCGUAACGGAUAAUAUAACAGAUUGGGAGCAGUACAAGCAAGUUCUGAAUGGCUUACUUGGGAGUCUGACACGGCAAGCAGCGUCCGGUGACUCUCGCUGGAAAUUCGCAGCCGGGAAUACUGAUGCAGGAUCGAGCAGGAGAAAGAUAUACGGUGUUGCUCAGUGCAUGCCUGAUUUGAAUGAACCGGAGUGUCGAAAUUGCUUGGAUGGGGCGAUCUCAAGAAUCCCAGAAUGUUGUAAGGGUAGCACAGGAGGUCGAGUUGUUAAACCGAGCUGCAGCAUCAGAUUUGAGAGCCACAGGUUCUAUGAAAUCGCGGCUGAUGUACCAAUUUCGGUAUCAGUAUCGGCACCGGCACCGGCGCCGGCGCCGCUGCUUUCUGCUCCUUCCGUCAAUAUAACGACGUCACAGGGAAAACACAAUAAAUCACGACUUUUCAUUGAGAUAACUGCGCCUGUAGUUGGCUUUGUGGUACUGCUUAGCCUUAUUGGGAUUUAUGUUGCACGAGGAUGGAAGCUGAGAACAGCUUUUCACAGUAAGUGCACAUAUCGAUCUAAUGAUGAACUUGAAGCUGACGCUGAAAUUGAGCCUGUUGCAUCAAUGCAGUUCAGCUUUGACACCAUCAAAGUCGCUACAAAUUCCUUCUCUGAUGCAAAUAAGCUUGGUCAAGGUGGAUUUGGACCUGUUUAUAAGGGUAGGCUCUCCAGUGGACAAAAUAUUGCCGCCAAAAGGUUGUCUGGGGUUUCUGGGCAGGGAGAUACUGAAUUUAAGAAUGAAGUGCUAUUAAUGGCUAAGCUUCAACACCGAAAUUUAGUUCGCCUGCUUGGUUUUUGCUUGGAAGAAAAAGAGCGACUACUUAUCUAUGAACUUCUUCCUAAUAGAAGCCUUGAUCACUUCGUUUUCGAUCCUUUUAAGUGUGUGUGUUUGGAUUGGGAAGCACGUUUCAAAAUUAUAGAAGGCAUUACCUGUGAACUUAAUUAUCUUCAUGAAAAAUCUCAACAACGGAUUAUUUAUCGAAAUCUUAAAACAAAUAAUAUUCUAUUAGAUAUAAACAUGAAUCCUAAAAUAUUAGAUUUUGGAAUGGUAAAAUUAUUUGCCAUUGAUGAGUCUCAAGCCAAGACAAAUCGAAUUGUGGGAACCUUAGGGUAUAUGGCACCAAAAUAUGCAAAGCAUGGACGAUUCUCUGUAAAAUCUGAUGUAUUUAGUUUUGGUGUACUAAUUCUAGAGAUUGUAAGAGGACAAAAGAAUGGUGGCAUCCAUGAUGAGGAGAAUAUUGAUCACCUUCCAAGCUUUGCAUGGAAAAGCUGGAGGAAAGGGACAUCAUCUAAUAUUGUAGAUUCCACGUUAUCUGACGGUUCAAGAAGCGAAAUAAUGAGAUGCAUUCACAUUGGCUUACUCUGUGUUCAAGAAAGGGCUGCUAAUAGACCAACCAUGGCUUCGGUUUUGCUUAUGCUUGACAGCGACUCUUUCUCUCUUCCAGAACCCUUACAACCUGCAUUUUUUAUGAAUAACAAAAGUUUAUCACACAUCAAAUCUGAGGAGUACAAUUCUGUGUCAGCAAGCUCAAGUGAACAAAAUAGUAAAACUGCUGAAAUAUUAUCAGUUGAUGAGGCCUCAAUAACUAAGCUAUAUCCUCGCUAAAGGUUUAGGCUGUCAAAGGCUUGAAGCACUCUUAAUCCCACAAUACCACCAUAGGUGGUGGUGUACAAGUUUGAAUGCAACUUUGUGAACUUCCAGAAUCUUUGUGCCACUUGUAUGUUUGCCAACAACAGCGUUUGUGGGUUGACACUUGGUUGAUUGAACUUGCAAUGAAAAAUAUUGUCAACUCUAACAGUCACAAUCCUCUGACAAAUCCCUAUCUUCCUAACUCUUUUUGUUACCCCUUAUCACUAUUCAAGUAAUCAAGCAUGCCCCAAAAGAAAAAUAAAAAAUAAAAAAUAAACAGCAU